GAAAAUGGUUGCCUAGCUCUAUUCUUGUCAUGUUGUUGGGACAGUAGUGCUAGUUUCAGGCACAGUUUCUCUCCUUUCUUCUCUUUGAUCAAACACUUUGAACAAAUGAUGAUCAAGACGCAUGUGUAAAUAAGUUGUGUGACGGUGAUGUUGCAAGCCCCUAAUGUGGUGUUAAUAAUGAAACAGCAUGGAGACCGACUGUAGAACACCAUGAUGAUGUGUCAAAGUCGUAACACAAAUAGUGGCUGUUUAGCACUGCACACGGUGUGUGGAACUUGAUUAUCUUUGCAGCUGAUAUUUUGUGGGGCUCAUUAAAUAAUUGAGCUUGUUUACCACACAGCUUGUACUUGUAUUGUGUGGGUGCUGGAAUUGUGUGGCAUGUAUACAUUGUGCGCAGCUGUUGAGAGAUGACACAAGUGACUCUCUGCCAGUAGUGACAGCUGUAACACACUCAGCUGACCACCAUUAUCAAUUCUUGAACACUUGUCAGCUUUCUAUUGAUUCAGUACUUGAGUUGAAACUUGAUGGCUCUGGUUCCACAUUUGAACAUGCCAUUGAUUAUCUUGGUUGUGCAUGGGAUUAGCUGACAGCCUUGACAACUGAUAGCACCUCAAGUUUUAUGUAACUUAGUGAUAAGCUAAGUAAAUGUUCAUUGCGCUAGAGGGGGAUAUGAACUCAGUGUAUGUUUUAUCAUCAGAGAACAGCAUGAUAACACAUGUUACUAGUUGACUUAAAAGUCUUCUGUGAACAAGGGCUCGGAGAGUUCCAAACUGCUGCAGAGUCUUAUUGAGUGGAGAGGCCAAUCAGUAGCUGCUGAUAUUCUUUUAUUAGUGCUGAUAUUUUCGGGAUAACUCCCUGGAGUUAGUGGAUAGUACGAGUUGACACUUAUCACAUGGUACGUGGAAACUUGUCCUGCCUUGGACGUGUACAGUUGGUGCUCCGCGAGCUAUGCGUGUACAGCCCCGCCGAAUUGUCAAGUCAGUGUUGACGCUGCUUGUGAUUGCAUUUAUAAUUCUGAACCUGCUCAUCAUAUUACGGGAUGGUGAGUCAGAUUCAUCCAAGGAGAGUAUGUUGGCUGAGUUACCUAAGGACAAGACAGACGCUCCAUCGCAAGGCUUAUCUUCGCCAGAGAUGGAUGCUCCUCAGAACAGCACCAUCAAGAACAACACAUUGAAUCACGAGUUAGUCAACGAGCAAAAUCUGACUGCUAUUUUACACUCCGUUUACGAGAUUAAUCGACAACAAAAGAUCUUCAAUCGGGAGAAAUUGGAACCAAAUUUCCCGAGUGAUCCGAACAGUGUCGUUAUUGUUAUACAGAUUCAUUAUCGGCCCGUGUAUUUACGCCAUCUUGUGAACUCUCUUGCUAAAGCUCGGGGCAUCGAGAACACCCUCGUCAUAUUCAGCCAUGACAUCUUUUCUAAUGAACUCAAUGACAUCGCCGAAUCUAUCGAGGCCUUUCCGGUGAUGCAGAUCUUCUACCCAUUCUCAAUGCAAGUCUACCCCCAUGAAUUCCCAGGUGAACAUCCGAAAGAUUGCCCAAGAAACAUUAACAAGAAAAAAGCUGAAGAGCUGCGCUGCCAGAAUGCUGCAUAUCCUGACAGAUAUGGCCAUUACCGGGAAGCCAAGUAUACACAGACCAAGCAUCAUUGGUUUUGGAAGAUGCAGCGUGUCUUUGAUGAGCUUGAUAUCCUCAAGGGCUUCCAAGGUCAUGUCCUAUUGUUAGAGGAGGAUCACUUUGUCUCUGAUGACUUCCUUCACGUCCUUCGCCAGAUGAAACAACUCAGGGAAACCAACUGUCCACAGUGUGGUGUUCUAACUUUGGCAACUUAUGACAAACGACCAAGCUAUGUGCCAAACUCCGGCAGGGUUGAAAUGAGUCCGUGGAUAUCUGCUCGACACAACAUGGGCAUGGCCUUCAACAGAAAUACAUGGAACAAGAUAAAACAAUGUGCAAAGCAAUUCUGUGAGUUUGAUGAUUAUAACUGGGACUGGACGUUACAGUAUCUUGGAAUGACAUGUGUUGAGGGCCAUUUACAGGUGCUAGUGGCCAAGUCACCACGUGUCUUUCAUAUAGGAGAAUGUGGCGUUCACCAUAAAGGCAAGGACUGUAACCCACACACAAAGGUUGCCCAGAUAGAACUUCUGCUGUCAAAUAAUCGUCAAUAUCUCUUCCCACAAAGCCUGAGUUUUAUUGGACACGCCAAAGUAGCUGUGAGGCAGCCAAAGCCUAACGGAGGUUGGGGAGAUAUACGAGAUCAUAGUCUAUGUCUUAGUUUUGUAAAGAAAGCCAAAAAUCCAAUACGGAGGUAGUAUUAGGCACAGGUAACAUCAUGGCAGACAUAUCAGGUUAUUAAGUUAACAACAGUGCUGCAUGUUUUAGAAGGACAUUUUAUACACUAAAAACAUAGCAUGAUUACCAGUCAUCCAAAAUACUAAUAAUAAUUAUUUUUCAUUUUGUGGCCAAAAAUUUACUUAUUUUUCUCCAGAAAGUCUUUUCCCCAUGCUUGUUCCUGGCGAUACAGUUGCACAGUGUCCAAUGAAUUCAAUGUAAUUGGCAGAGUGUUAAUGUUAAGGCCCUUCUCUAAGUCUUCCAUGGUCUGAUGCAUGGUCUUCUUACCCUAGACAUGCUAGAUGUGCACACUAAUUACUGCUACUAGUCUUUGCCAAAGUCUUCUGGGAAUAGAAAUGGACUAUUGUCUUAUCCAGUUUGUCUUGUGUCUCGAUAAAGAAUAAUGUUUGUUGUCUGUUAUCUUAAUCCCUUGACUAAUUCACUACCUUGUAACAACCACUUGUGGAGGAGGACUGGCACUCUGGUAUUGUCACUGUGGAAAAUAACCAACUCAUGUUGCCCCCUAUCUUAAUCCCUUGACUAAUUCACUACCUUGUAACAACUGCUUGUGUGCAACCUAGUGGAGGAGGAACCUGCACUCUGGUAUUGUGACGCGGGAAUUCUGGAAAGAACCAGCUCACGAAUCGUUGAUGUUAGUCACCAAUAUUGAUCCACAGGACUAGAACCUUUGAGAUGAAGAACUUUGAGAGUCAGUAAGUUAGAGAGCUGUAUGCUGUUAUGUUUCAGGAGCAAUGUAAAGCGAGUCUUUGCUCCUUUGAAUCACUCUGUAUGUUAUCAAGAAAUAAUGCCUCCUAUCAAGCAUUCCCAAUUUGUGAACCUUCCAACUGCGAAACUCUUUUCACUAGAUGCUUGCUUCUUUUGACUGCGGUCAAAGCUUUAUUUGUGCCAUUUUAAAUGACUGUCUUGGUGCUUUGUGGUGUAUUUUAUGUAUCAAAGUGCGACACUUUAUAUUCAUUAUAUCAUUAUAUUUAUCACUUGUAUAAAGUUUAUCAUGUAAAUAAUACAUGUAACAGAAUUUUAAUAAAUCAAAUGAAUAAAUAGA